AUGCCGCCGAAGAGAAAAGCAGAGGAGGCCAUCAAGGGUGAUGCUAAGGCUGGGAGGUCCUCGCGCGUGUCGACGCCGGGAGCUGUCACGCCUCGCAGCGUUGAGGGCGGCGAUCCCCCCGAGGAGGAUGACGGCCCUGUGGACGAGGUGCUCGAGCGCGACAUUGACAAGAAUAUCGACCAGUUCUCCCUGGAGCGUUACCAAAAGAAACACCACGUGCGGGAGCCGCUCCCUCACAUCUUUGGCGCCAACGACUUCUCGUACCUCGACCUGAAGAAGGACCACCACAACCGACCGCUGUGGAUCGACCCGCAGAAGGGGAGGAUCAUCCUCGAGAGCUUCAACCCGCUGGCCGAGCAGGCCCAGGACUUCCUGAUCACCAUCGCCGAACCGCUGUCCCGCCCGACCUUCAUGCACGAGUACGCCCUGACGACGCACAGCCUGUACGCGGCCGUGUCGGUCGGCCUCUCGCCGAACGAUAUCAUCAACACGCUCGAUCGAUUCCUCAAGACACCGCUGCCAGAAGAGAUCAGAGCCUUCAUCACGGGGUGCACAAAGAGCUAUGGGAAGGUGAAGCUGGUGCUCAAGAACACAAAGUACUAUGUCGAGAGCCCGGACCCCGAGAUGCUCCAGAUGCUGCUCAAGAACCCCAAGAUCGGACCUCUGCGCGUCCAGGGCACGGAGGAAAUCACAACGUCAGCCGCACCUAAGAUCGGCGGGCUCGUCAUCCCGGGAACCGGAAAUGCCGCCGGUGUUAAGCAGGCCAGCGGACUCCAGCAAGGGGAGCAGCAGGGUAAGGGUCAGGGACAGGACGGCCAGCCCGCAAACGAGGGCAACGUGUUCUCCGCCCUCAACGAGGAGGACGAUGACGAUCAGGAGGUGACGCACUCCUUCGAGAUUGCCGACAAGGAUGUCGAGACGGUGCAGAAGGAAUGCCUGAACCUCGGGUACCCGGUGCUCGAGGAGUACGACUUCCGCAGAGAUGAGGUCAACGCCAACCUGGAGAUCGACCUCAAGCCUGGCACGCAGAUCCGCCCGUACCAGGAGAAGAGCCUCAGCAAGAUGUUUGGCAAUGGACGAGCAAAGAGUGGACUGAUCGUCCUGCCCUGCGGCGCCGGAAAGACGCUGGUGGGGAUCACGGCGGCGUGCACCAUCAAGAAGGGCGUCAUCGUCCUGUGCACCAGCUCCAUGUCGGUCGUCCAGUGGAGAAACGAAUUCCUCAAGUGGUCCAACAUCAACCCGGAUGACAUUGUGGCCUUUACGUCGGAGUCCAAGGGAAACAUCUUCACCGGAAGCACAGGUAUUGUCGUGACGACGUACUCAAUGGUUACACAGUCCAGGGCACGCUCCUACGACGCCGAGAAGAUGAUGAAGUUCCUGACGGGGCGUGAGUGGGGUCUGAUGCUGCUCGACGAGGUGCACGUGGUACCGGCCAACAUCUUCCGCAAGGUGACGUCGUCGAUCAAGACGCACUCGAAGCUGGGUCUGACGGCGACACUUCUGCGAGAGGACGACAAGAUCUCGGAUCUCAACUUCCUUAUCGGACCCAAGCUCUUCGAGGCCAAUUGGAUGGAGCUGUCCAAGCAGGGGCACAUUGCACGAGUUCAGUGCGCAGAGGUGUGGUGUCCGAUGCCGACCGAGUUCUACGAAGAGUACCUGCGGGCGCCGACGCGCAAGAAGAAUCUGCUGUACAUCAUGAACCCGCGCAAAUUCCAGGCGUGCCAGUACUUGAUCAACUAUCACGAGAAGCGCGGGGACAAGAUCAUCGUCUUCUCAGACAACGUAUACGCUCUCAAGGCGUACGCGCUCAAGCUGGAGAAGGCUUUCAUCUACGGGAGUACGAGCCAGACGGAACGCCUGGAGGUGCUGGAGAACUUCCAGCACAACCCCAACGUCAACACCCUGUUCCUGUCCAAGAUUGGCGACACGUCUCUGGAUCUCCCGGAAGCCACGUGCCUGAUCCAGAUCUCGUCGCAUUACGGAUCUCGUCGGCAGGAAGCUCAACGGCUGGGACGCAUCCUGCGUGCCAAGAGACGCAACGACGAAGGCUUCAAUGCCUUCUUCUACUCGCUCGUAUCCAAGGACACGCAGGAGAUGUACUUUUCGUCGAAGCGUCAGGCCUUCCUCGUGGACCAAGGCUACGCCUUCAAGGUAAUUACGCAGCUGGCCAACAUCGAGAAGACGCCCGGGCUGGCGUUCGCGUCGGCCAUGGAGCGGCGUGAGCUGCUGGCUAAGGUGCUGGUGGAGAACGACUCGAUCGAGGACGAGGACAUCACCGACGACCUCUUCCACUCGGGAAGCAUGGGACGCAAGCAGAAGAAGGGCAAGGGCGCCCGCCGCACGGCAGGGACGCUCGGCGAGCUGAGCGGUGGCCAGGACAUGGCGUACAUCGAGCAGAACAAGAGGAUGAACCAGACGCUCAAGAAGGGCAAGGCUGCCAAGAAGGAGAGCCAUUCAUUCUUUAAGAAGAUUGGGCGGGAAAACGCCCGCAGAGCUGCCCAAUAG